CUCCCCGCCGCAGCAGCCGCCGCCGCCGCUGGGCCGUGCGUCCGCCGCCAGCCGGCUCAGGCCCCAGCUGCCGCCGCCGCCUCCCCCUCCAUGGCCGCCGCUCUCGCCGGCUGCAUUGUGGGAAGCUGACCUCACUCGCUGCUGCCGCCGCCCCGCCGGCUCCGGCACUCGCCGCCAUGGGGGCCGUGACCGACGAUGAAGUUAUCCGCAAGCGACUUCUGAUCGAUGGCGAUGGCGCUGGCGACGACAGACGGAUCAAUCUGCUAGUGAAGAGUUUCAUCAAGUGGUGCAAUUCUGGAUCUCAGGAGGAAGGUUACAGCCAGUAUCAACGAAUGCUGAGUACUUUAUCCCAGUGUGAAUUUUCAAUGGGAAAAACUCUUCUGGUGUAUGACAUGAACCUGAGAGAAAUGGAAAACUAUGAAAAAAUCUACAAGGAUAUAGAAAAUAGUAUAGCUGCAGCACAUGAGAAGAUUUCUGAAUGCAAGAAACAAAUCCUGCAAGCAAAAAGGAUCCGAAAAAAUCGCCAGGAAUACGAUGCCUUGGCCAAAGUCAUACAGCAGCAUCCAGACAGACAUGAAACGUUGAAGCAGCUUGAAGCUUUGGGAAAAGAACUGCAGCAUCUUUCUCACAUUAAAGAAAAUGUUGAGGAUAAGUUGGAGCUGAGGAGAAAACAGUUCCAUGUUCUCUUGAGCACCAUCCAUGAACUUCAGCAAACCCUAGAAAAUGAUGAAAAGCUUUCAGAAGCUGAAGAAUCUCAAGAAACUCAGAUGGAAACAGAGACCAAACAGCAGAUGUAACAGAAGAUUACUUAUCAUACUAUGAAGAAUACCCAAGUGUCUUCCUUUAAUAUUGAAACCAACAGUAAGAGCUGAAAAAUGAUUUUCUACUGCUUCUGUGAAUUGUUUUACAGAUACUUGUUUUGUUUAUGCUUCAGGGGAAACCAGUUAGAGAUCUGUGCAGACAGACGCUUCUGUUAAUCCACAAAGUUUCUAAUUUGCCACAAAGAUACUUUGUUUUACCAAGGGUGAAGCUACUGCACAGUACUUGUGAACUUGUGUUGGCAAAACAUUGUCAAUAAAAGGCAUUUACAAACAAUUUCCUGGUUUUAGUGGGCAUUGAGCCUAAUAAGACAGGCUCCUUUUCUUGCUAGACACUGGGCUGAGGGCAGUGUGCAUCAUCGUACAAGUUCCAGCUUCCAUACCCAAGCCCAGAUGGGACCUAAAUCUAAACUAAGUAGGGGUUUAAUUUUUCAAAGUAGCUGUUAUUUUAGAACUUACCUGUGACUAGACUAGAAUUGCUAGCUUCGUAUAAACCAAAUUACUUCUUUACACUUUGUGCUCAUCAAGAUGUGUAAAACCAUAGAACUCUUACUGUAUUAGCUUUACUUUUACCCAUAAGGUCACACAAAGAGCUGCAGUGAUGUGAGCCUUGCCAUGCUGUGUUCUGUGCAGCCACAUCAAAAGUCCUGUUUUGAAAUGGUGCUUGUAAAAACUACAACUGAAAAGCUUUGUUCUUGUAGAACCAGGAGUGUAAUCUUGUUACCAUUUGUAAUCUGCUUUUGGAUUUUGUCAGUUGACUAUUAGAAAUACAUCAUAGUUCCUGAAA